AUGGCCGAUACUGAAGAGAAGAAGACCCAAGAAGAAGUUGAAGCUUCCCCCGAUGUGCACUUUGAGCCUGUUGUCAAGCUCGAAGCCGUUGAUGUCAAGACCUUUGAAGAAGAUGAGGAUGUUUUGUUCAAAAUGCGCGCAAAGCUUUUCCGUUACGACAAACAAUUGAAAGAAUGGAAGGAGCGUGGUACUGGUGAUGUCAAAUUCCUGCAACAUAAGGAAAACAAAAAGGUGCGCUUGUUGAUGCGUCGUGACAAGACUCACAAAGUGUGCGCCAACCAUUCGGUGACCAGCGACAUGUCGCUUUCUCCCAACGUCGGUUCAGACCGUUCGUGGGUGUGGAAUGUUCUUGCCGAUGUCUCCGAUGGUGAGGCUAAGGCUGAAACUUUGGCUAUUCGUUUCGCCAACUCGGAUAACGCCAAUCAGUUCAAGGAGAAGUUUGAAGAAGUUCAAAAGAUGAACAUUGAGCUUCUCAAGAAGGAAGCUGGCGACGACAAGAAGGAGGAAAAGAAGGAAGAGAAGAAGGAAGAUGCCUAA